UUGACAGCGGUUUGCGUCUCGGGUGCGUUACGAAGCAAAAGCAAAUUUGACAGUGGUCCCCAGAACAAAAGUGUUAUUAAUGAAAAAUGACUAGUACGAUGGCUCCCUCCGACAUAACCGACGUCGAAAUGAAGAAUGCCGACAGCCCCCCUGGUAUGGAAGCCGGCGACAGUAAGCGAACUAUUGAUUUUCAAAAUUUGGUGGAAAUCCGUGAGCAAGCCCGGCAAAUCGAAAAAGCAGUCACCAACAAAGAAAACCGUUUCAUUUUGCGUGUCCUGAGGUGCUUACCCAACACCCGUCGAAAACUCAACGGUGCUGUACUUAAAGGUUUAGUCAAUCAGAUUUAUCCAGUCUCAGAACGUGACGCCUUGACUGAGUACUUGGAGGACGUCCCCGCUGGGCUGGAACUGGAGACGGGACGUGCAAGGUCUGCUACAAAGACCCCAGUGCCCGAAGUGGACGCUUAUAUCCAUCUCCUCAUUCUGGUGUAUCUGAUAGACACCAGUAAGCUCAACGAUGGGGUAAGGUGCUCCCAAGCUUUGAUGAACAAAAUCACGGUUCAGAAUCGGCGAAGCUUAGAUCUCAUCGCAGCCAAAUGCUAUUUUUAUCACUCAAGAGUGGCCGAAUUGACUGGAAAGUUGGACUCGAUUAGAGCCUUCUUGCAUGCACGUUUGAGAACAGCCACCUUAAGAAACGAUUUCGAGGGACAAGCUGUCUUGAUUAAUUGCUUGCUGAGGAACUACCUACAUUACUCACUUUACGACCAGUCUGAUAAGUUAGUUAGCAAAUGCGUUUUUCCUGAAACUGCCAGUAACAACGAAUGGGCCCGAUUUUUGUACUAUUUGGGGCGGAUUAAGGCAGCCCGGUUAGAAUACAGCGUGGCCCAUAAACAUCUAGUGCAAGCUAUGAGGAAAUCCCCACAAAACACGGCCGUUGGAUUCCGACAGACCGUCCAGAAACUGCUAGUUGUGGUCGAGUUGCUUCUAGGAGACAUCCCGGAACGGCAGAUUUUCCGUCAGGCCAGCAUGAGACACUCUUUAGCCCCCUAUUUCCAACUAACACAAGCCGUUCGUAUGGGCAAUUUGCACCGGUUUGGGGAAGUUUUGGAAAACUUUGGACCGCAAUUCCGUCAGGAUCACACAUUCACUCUAAUUCUUCGUCUGCGACAUAACGUAAUCAAAACGGCGAUUCGUGCAAUCGGUUUGUCGUAUUCGAGGAUUUCGCCGCAAGAUAUCGCGAAAAAACUGGGCUUGGAUUCGGCUGAAGAUGCCGAGUUUAUAGUAGCGAAAGCGAUCAGAGAUGGGGUUAUUGAAGCGACUUUGGACCCUGAAGGGGGCUAUAUGAGGAGCAAGGAGAGCACUGAUAUUUAUUGCACGAAGGAGCCGCAAAUGGCUUUCCAUCAGCGGAUUUCCUUCUGUUUGGAUCUUCAUAAUCAGAGUGUGAAAGCAAUGAGGUAUCCGCCCAAAGCCUAUGGAAAGGAACUCGAAUCGGCUGAGGAACGUAGAGAGAGGGAACAGCAGGAUUUGGAACUUGCGAAGGAAAUGGCGGAGGAGGAUGAUGAUGGGUUUCCUUAGAUAGGAGUUGUGGCGUUUAUUUUUGCAAUUUUGCUUUCGACUGUAUUCUAUAGUUAAAUAAAUUUGUGUAUUAACACCA